AUGGAUACUCCCACAGAGCAUGUCAGACAACAGAUGCUUGCCCUGCAGCCCGCCAUGCAUUUAAACCCCCAAAAAUGGGAACAACCUUUCCAAACCGCUUGGCAACCACAGUUUUGCGCAGCAACUGGAAGCCCGGAGUCCGAUCGGGCUGGGAAUAGGGCUUUGUGGGUCGAUACCAUGUCACGUUGGCCGCACAUCGCUGCGGCCGAUGGGAAUUGCCUGAGAAAUAUCCAAAAAUGGGCAGUGGAAUCUGCCCUAGGGGUCUUUACCAGUAAUUAUCGGGGUGUCGAAACUCGAAACAUGGAUCGCUCGUGGCAUGAUCGUACGAAGUAUCAAGCUUGGGCGCCAGCUGAGAAGGCAGAAACGCCUAACGCUACUGCCAGAGCAGGAGUUAAAUUCGCCUUGGGGCAAGGAGGGAUGAGAAUAACCGACCGUCGCGAUCCUGAUGAGUUAGACAUCGACCUGUCUACAGAUGAAAAUUGCCUUCUUCGGGAGGAGCUAGCCGACAUCUGCAAACCCGGAGCCAACAGUGAAUUACACUCGCAUCACUCAUCUGCGCAAGGAUUCGCGGGAGAACCAACCCUUCUGGGAAGCCUCGCAAAAUUGUUUAACAACUAUUUUAAUCCGUGUGUACCUGUCAGGCCACAUCACAUAGUUGCAGGCUCAGGGACGAACAGUUGUCUUGUUACCUUGCUCUAUAAAAUCUGCGAUCCUGAAGACGGCGUCUUAGUGCCAGGGCCAUAUUGGAACGGGGAUGAGGUAGACUUUCGCACUUGUUCAUCCGUCCAGUCAGUUCUAGUCAAAACGGAAAAAUUCACGGACAUUUUUACGUUGAACUUGAUACCCAAAAUGGAGGAGGCGAUGGAUAACGCCACAUGCAGGAUAAGAGCCCUCGUCUUAACGAACCCACAUAAUUUAUUCGGGCAGUGUUAUCCCCAGGAAGUUCUGGAAGCCUGCCUGAAGUUUUGUCAGCGACGGGAAAUACACAUGGUUUCUGAUGAAGUGUAUGCGAUGACGACAUUUUCGUGUGCGGAGAUUUCUGACCCAACUCCGUUCAUUUCGGUCUUGUCCUUGGAUGCUGGUGCAUUGCAAUGUGACCGUUCUCGUAUCCAUAUGAUAUGGGGUACCAGCAAAGAUUUCGGCGUCAGCGGAUGUCGAAUGGGUUGUAUAGUAUCACAAGAUAACAGAGAGUCCAUUGUUGGACUUGCAGCUUCACCCAAAGCCCAGGUCUCAUCGCCAUCUGUAUUAUCCACAACCGCUCUUCUUUCCUCACCCACACUACCCCUUUUAGUCGCUUUGAACUCGGCCAGGUUGGCAGAAUCAUAUAUCCUCAUCACUUCAUUCUUUAUUCGCCAUCGAAUCGACUAUAUUCCAGUAAAUGCAGGAUUAAAUAUAUUUGCAAGGCUCGUUCCAAAUGCAAAGACUUGUGAGGACGAACUGGAUAUGAUAACGACACUUAAGGAGAACGGAGUGGUGGUUAGAGGUGGCGGAAGCUACCACGGAACACUUUUCGAAAAAGGGUGGGUACGGAUAUCAUUUGCUUUAGAGGAGCACCGGCUCCAGGAGGCCCUCCACAGAAUCGAAACGGCACUGCAUUUGGAGUCGUAA